CAUGGAAGUCAAUAAACAUAAAUUAUAUUUCAAUUUACCUUCAUUUGUUUGCAAUUCGCAUUAAUUGAGGAUUUUUUUAAUGAUGAGAAACUAUCAUGAAUAUGAAUAAAUGCGCUUGCCACCUAGCUUUUAAUACGAACGUCCUCGAUCGUAAACCAAAAUGUUCGAACUUGAAUUUGGGUCUGUCAAGAAUUCCCUUGAAACUUGAUUUGUACUAUCUCAGAAUUUCCAUGAAACUUUAACUUGACCUUAUCGUGAAUUUCCUUGAAACCUGAAAUUUACCUUCUGAAGAAUUUCCUUGAAACUUGAAUUUACCCUAUCAAGAAUUUCCUUGAAAACUGCCUCGUUCAAGAACCGAAUGUUGACGUGUAGCGUCAUGGCAACGAUCGACUGCCGCGCGUGAUACGGAGAACAGACAACCCGUCCACAGUGUUGCUUAGCCCUCCAUGUGCUCGUGCCGUAAGUUGACCUCAACAAACGCGCAUGUUUUCCAGGGCCAGUUUUUUUGCCGAUCGUCUAAGAGGGAAAGAACGCACAAGUUUUAUUGUAGUUGAGAAAGCAUUGCUCAAUGUGAAUAGUCGUGUUAUGGCAGUUGUCUAAAAGAAGAAUUACGCUUCAAGGUUGCAUUUCUAAUCGAUGUGGUAUUAAACGCGUGUGACCAUGACAUCUAUCCCAGGACUUGCCUUUGAAGUAAAGUACAUAGCAGUGUCAGGAUAUCACUCGUCUAUUUAUUUGUUCUUACAUUUCAUUUACUAGUGGUCUGUGAUAUAAAGUUUACCGUUUAUUGUUACGAUUAUAUCCUCGACACAAGUUUUAGUCUGGAAAAAUGAUCUUCAAUUGAUUCAGCAAUCCCUUUAAAUAAACAAGUGUCUAACUGCUUCUUUAGUUUACCCUCAGUAUUUUGUUCAAAUUAUUGACACUCAAAACUUUUUCUGAACUCUCCGUUAAAAUUGCCGCAAUGCCUGAAUUGGAGAAGAGCCGAAGCAGCCGUACUAAACGCGACUCCUCGAAAUCUCGUGAUGCAGAAAGCAAAGCCUCGAAACCAAGAAAAUCAUCCGAAGUAAAACCUAGUAAAACAAGCCGAUCAAAAUCGGAGAAUAAACCUGUAGCCGAAGAAAAGGAACCUUAUACCAAGCCGUCGCCUCGCACACUCAGGAAGUCUUCCUCCGAAAACGCCAAAAUUGAUUUGAAAUCUAAGCCUCCAAACACUACCAUCACUAAAAUAAAAUCGUCGAAAACUUCUUCUGAUGGAUCGAGUAAAACGAGAUCGGACGGUAAAGCGUUUUCAAGUUCCUCAAAAGGAGUUUCAAAAUCUACCAAGGCUUCGUCACGUGAUGGCCGUCAAUCAAUGGAAUCAACAGCUUCGUCUCGCUUGACUUCAAAGAGUCGAGACUCGACCUUGUCAAAAGCUGCCCCUCCUACAGGCACAAAGGAGGAGUCCAAGCGCAGGACUUCUCGCGAUCCUGAAUCGUCCUCAAGAAGUACAUCGAAGACGUCUUCUUCUGACAAAACUAAGGAUCCUCGUCGGUCUGAAGGCAAGAGCCGCAGUGAACGUUCACGGGACCUGAAGGAAGAUCCUGUAAAGCUCAAGCCGGGGCGAGGUGAACGCGACCGGGGUAGCCGAGCGACCAACGGCAGACGAGAGAGCAAAGGAGACACGCGUCUUUCGCGUGUCACGGCUCCCUUGGCAGUUUCAGUCGUAGAAGAUGAAAGUGUGGAACCACCAGCAGUCACAGUUCCUGAAACUGGUGAAGCAGAUUUGUCUAUGGAUACGCAUGAAUCGGGUAUUUAUGUAUCGAGUCCUCGAGUCAUGAGUCGAGAAGAUUCGAUUGAAGAGGAAGUCGAGGGAUCAAUAUCCUCGAAGUUUGUUGAGGUAGGCGAUGCUGAAGAGGUCGACGAGAUGAUUGCCGUGAUAGAAGAAGAGCCUGCAGCUGCCGAAUUGAGUGAAGACAGCGGGAUUAACGGCAAUGACGGCUCGCCAGGACACAGAGGACGACCUCAACAAUGUACUCGAGAAGAGCCUGUAAUUGUAGAGCUCGCCGAUGACCAAAGACCGUCUACAAGCAAAGACGCGCUCCUCGUAGCAGACAACGAAGAAGAUCCGUACGGAGAGGAUGACUUCGAGGAUUACGAAUCGGAUUUCGAAGCCGACGAAGAUGAUGACAUAGAAGAAAAAGAAGAUGACGGUACCGUUGAUGUUAUUGAAGACGAAGAUGACGAUUCUAUGGUCGAUGACGAGGGUGACGGAGGGGCUUUGACCACAGACGACGAAGAAGAAGCGCAUCGCAUAGAGGAAGGAGUCAUUAAAGCGCCGCAGCCUCAGGACGAUCCCGCGACUGCUGAUAUUCUCAGGAACGCAAUUUUGCAAUCCAUGCGACCAGAUGAACCUGAGGAUCCUUCAGACCCCUCCAGGCCCAAGACGUCAAAAAGCUUCGUCAAUUUCGCCAAACUCAAAGAGAAGCACGUAGUGAAUCAGACGGCUCAAGUGAACAGAGGGCUAACGUUGCUGUCCAUGAUCAGCCUGGACACAGUAUCGGUCGACCUGCUAACCAUGCAGCCCAUCAACUACGAUGCAUUUAUUUCCAGCUUCGGUCUCACUAACACCAAACAGGCAAGUACACAGACGAACGAAGACAGCCUAUCGCAAGAGACUCAAACCGACGUCAUAGGAACUUUGAGCAAAUGGACCCAGCGACCGAUCAGCGUGAACGUUAGCAACCUAACGCAGCCACCAACGCCGCAGGAUUACCUGGGAGUUGGCGGUGAGACGGUGGAGUUCUCCAACGAAAUCGAUUCUUUUGCAUCGAGUGCCUCCAGCAACGUCGGGAGACUGACGAAAUUUUUGGGUGCCGCAUCGCAGGUGGUUUUGUCGCUACUGGAGGAAGAGUCAGUUUACUUGUCUAGCAGCAGUUAUGAAGGAGGUUCUUUGGGCCACGGCAGAGGUGGCGGAGGCUUCAGUAAUCACGGUGUUCUUUUCGGCGGAAAUGCAAGCGAUAAAACACAUUCUUUUGGAGCCUUUCUUGCCACCAGCGCAGUGACUUGCAUCCUGUUUUCAUCAAGUGACUCUUCCGUUGUGGCGACCGGACACGGCUUCGGCAGCGAGAUAAUUGGAACCAAAGACACGGAAACAGACUACGGCAUGUCUGAACAAUCACACAGCGGUCUGGUUUUAGUAUGGUCCGUACACGAGCCAUCGCAGCCAAAACACAUCUUAAGAUGCAAUUCCACCCCUAAAGCCCUGGCAUUUAGUCCCGGAAGACCGCUUCUUGUGAUGGCAGGCUUGUCAGAUUCAACUUUGGCCGUAUGGGAUCUCAAAGAACCUGCUCAUUUGCAUCCCAACAUGACUUUGGAUGAGGACAUGAAUUUAGUUCACGUCCAAGUUUCAGAAUCAGAUGGUAAUGAGUUAAGAAGGCCUAGCGACGUUGCUAAGUCCCAACUGACGUGGAGAUGUAGAGUGCCAUCUUUUAUAACGGCUUGCAGCGAAUCUGAACGCGCCACCCUGAGAAACCGCGACCCCGAAGAGCCUCCCAGUUCUCCUGCAGGAACUAAAAACGCGCCAGGAAAGUCAAGAAAGCCCAAAGCAACGGACAGCGCGAGUGCGACGACGUCUGGGACAGAAGAUGGCUUCAUGAGCAGCCCCAUUAUCUGCCUGCAGACCGUCGACGUCCAAUACGAGAGUCAACAGACGGUUGAGAGCAAUGCGUUCCAGGUUGUGAGCUUGUCAGCGUGUGGUGAGCUGGUGUGGUGGGUGGUGUUCCAAACCAGAGAUCGCAUGGCGUUCACCGACGAGGGGGAGGUGGUGGCUGUCUCAGCCCACAUGGGGGCAUCACCUUGGUCCAAAAUAAUGGUCAACCAAGCCUUUCGUUAUUCUGUGCUUUCAUCGGUCAGCGCGGAUCUCUACAGCCGCCUGGGCUGCACCGACUGCAAGCUCAGCGCCAGCGACGCCAAUACGCUAUACGUGAGCACGACCAGCGGCGCAGUGCGGCACAUCAACAGACUUCACCAGCGCACUCAACCACAAGCAUUUCUUGCCGAAAUGGAGCCUACUUGCAGCAGCACGUGCGUGUGCGUGUGUCCGCACCUGCCGAGCUACCUGCUGGUGGGCUGCAGUGAUGGCACUGUCAGACUGCACUCCCUAACCUCCUCCCGCCCUCUCACCACCUGGCCCUCACCAGACGUAGUCAACCCUCAACCUGUGGUGAACAUCACGUGGUCCUACGAGAGGCCUUGUGUCUUCUACGUGCAUGAGCUACAAAGAGUGCACGUUUGGGACCUCAGUGCCGGGGACAUGACGCCGGUAGCGACGCUGGACACGGAGGUGGUGCUGGGGGAACAGGGGCCCAUGGUCUUCAGCCUCGCCCCCUCCAGGCUCUUCAACAGACCAGUCGUCAACGCGAUGUUCGGGAGCAGAUCGGGCCGUCUCAUUCUACGCCAGCUUGAAAACGAAUUCCUCAACGAAACUCCAGACAAGAAAGCAAUUGAGCUAGAACGGUUUGAAUUCUAUGCCACUAUUAUAUGAAAUAAUCUAUUAUUCAUUUUAAUUUAUUUAAAAAAAUUGAAAAUAAGAAAUUAAAUUCUAAUAAAAAAUAAAAGUUUGAUUGGUGCAUGUUGGAUCCGUUAGAAAAAUGCUUGUGAAAUGAUCAUACCAUCAAACCUAAUUGAACCUUCACUUGUUUUCAUUAAUAUGGGACCAUUAUACCAUUAAAAUAAAUCUGCAUUGAAAUGACGUUUCUUCUGCAAAUCCAAAUGUGCUGUAAGUAGAAGACAUCCACACGCAGGAGCCACUUGCACAGGACUUGCCUAACUAUUUAUUGCAUUUGUCCACACCCACGCCUUGGGUGUGGAAAUUUUGUCCCACACAGCCACAUUUACGCAGAUAAUUUACUUGUAAUUACAUAAUUGCGUCAUUAUUUAUUUCAUCGGAAAAUUUAAAUACGUCUUUACUUAAUUUACUUUCUUAAAGUCAGUAUUAAAAAGCCGGGGUUUUGAUUUUGAUUAUUCAUCAUCAUUAUUUUCUAACUUGGACGUUCUUUUUUUACUACGCAACAGAAUAAAUACUACGUAACUCAACGAACGAAGAAAAAUUUAGGAUUAGCAAACAAUUGAAAUCCUAUUGCCGGCAAAACAACGGCAGCAAAUAAUUUGCGCGGUGCGGCGUCCAAUGCAAGUGGUUAUUGGGCGUUGAAAUCGCUUAAUGCGAGAGACUUUAUUCUUCUCUUAGGGUACGCAAACAGUGAAAGCAGGUUGCCAGCGUGCUGG